UUCAUUAACCAUUUUGUUGUUGGUAACUGUAAGUGCAUAUAAUUCCGAGCUCUUCAAAUAUCGCAAGAUUGUUGUCUAAUAUAAUUAUAUAUGGAUAAUCACACAAAUAUUUAUGUAGGCAGAAUAUACAUAUUCAAUGUUUUUAUGUCUGAAUCAAAAUAUGUGCAAAUAAUAACAAACGUCAAAAAGUCUGCAUCAAAAAGGUGGCAUCACUAAAAUAUGUAGAGAAACUGAAUUUUUAUAAACAAAUGUGUGCUAUUUCUUAGAUUUUGGGGAAUUAAAACGUUUGAUAUGAAUAUUGAAGAAAAUCGUUUGCGCUCUUUUCAUGGCUGGCCUUCUCAUAUGCCAGUGAUGGAAUUAGCUCAUAAUGGUUUCUAUUCGAAGAUGUCAACGAGUGGGUUUUACGUUGAAUGCAAUUGGUGUCACAGUGAUAUGGAUUGCCACAAUAUCCGUUCAACAGAGGUAGAAGAAAUCCAUAGAUUAUUAGACCCACAUUGCGACUUUUUGUGUAAUUAUGAAAGUUGCAAUAACGUGUCAAUUGAAGGCGCUGCUGGUCAGAGUCGAAGUAAUUCAAAUUGUUCAAAUACUGUUACGUCAGAACAGUAUUCAGAUACAGCACAACGUCCAGAUUUAUUAAUAGAAGCUAAUCGUUUAGCUACGUUUACGAAUUGGCCUAAUCCAAACAUUUCUCCGGAAUCUUUGGCAAAGGCAGGGUUUUUCUACCUGAACCGGUCUGAUGAGGUUAAAUGUGCUUGGUGCAAAGGAGUCAUUGCUAGGUGGGAAAAGCAAGAUAAUGCCUUUCAGGAGCAUAAACGAUUUUUUCCCAAUUGUCCCAGAGUUCAGUUGGGUCCAUUAAUAGAAAUGACCAACGAUGGCAUACGAGAUCUAGGAAUUCAACAAAUUUCACCGCCUAAAAUGCCUAAGUUUUCGUCAUUGGAUACACGUUUACGCACAUAUACAAACUGGCCAAUUAGAGAUGUGCAGAAACCUGAGUCCUUAGCACAAGCUGGUCUUUACUAUCAAAAUGUAGAUGAUCAAGUACGUUGCUUUCACUGUAAUAUUGGCUUAAGAUCAUGGCAAAAAGAGGAUGAUCCUUGGUUUGAGCACGCCAAAUGGUAUCCACAAUGUCAGUUUGUUAAAUUAGUAAAAGGAGUAAAUUAUGUCCAAAGUGUUCAAAAUAUUACGAAGCAAACCUCACAAUUGCAACAUCAAGCAAGUUCUUCUGUUAUGAGUAUUGAUGAAGCAAUGAAAACGUCGCCUGUGUUGCAAGCAUUACAAAUGGGUAUUGAUAUUGUAUCUAUUCGAAAUGCCACUCAGAAACAUCUUACACUGACUGGUAGACCCUUCGACCUUGUUGAAGAUCUGGUAAAAGUUAUUUUCGAUGAAAGAAAGUACGAAGACUCAAGCGAACAUGAUGAAAACGAAGGAGCUGGAGCAUCGAUCGUGAAAGAAGUUUCACGCAUUAUAAACAGCAUAUUUGGGGAUGUAGAUAACUCAGGAGCUUCGAGUUCUGCAGAAACUAAUAUAUGUCAAUUGCCCAUGUCUUCUGGUACUACAACGGCAAAUGCAAAUAUAAUCUCUAAUGUCUCAAGUGCAGAUACUUCCAAUGACGUAAAAACUGAAGACACUUCCAAUAACGAUUGUAAAAAUAAUAUUGCAACGGUAUCAGACACCGUAACAUGUAAUAGCAUGUCACUUGAAGAAGAAAAUCGAAAACUAAAAGACGCACGUUUAUGUAAAGUUUGCCUAGAUGACGAAGUUGGUGUUGUAUUUUUACCAUGUGGUCAUUUGGUUACUUGCGUUCAAUGUGCACCAAGUGUAAAUCAUUGCCCAAUGUGCCGUACUGAAAUAAAAGGCUUUGUUCGAACUUUUCUCUCCUUUAACUGUGAUCAAUGGGCUAAUGAUAGUAUUAAUUGUCCGAUAUAUAUUGAAGACAUUAUGGAAUCCGAAGAUUGCACUUGUACGGCUUUAUCCAUAGAGAAUGGAAAGUUAGGACAUUUCUCAGAAAAUGUUGCGCCUGGUUUUAGUCGCAACAGGAGUACAUAUAGCAGCUUACCGAUUCACAUCAAUCAUCGCAGAAAGGACAUUGAUGUUGAAACAAGUAAAGAAUACAGAGAAACUCAAAAACAAAAGCAUUCACUUAAUGAAGAACUUUCGUUACAUGACUAUUUAGUUGAUUUAAAUAACGAUCAUACUUUCGGCUUGUCAACAAGUCUUUCGACAGAAUCUUUAAAGAAUGCUUGCAGCUAUUCUGAUGAAGAAAGCGACAAGAACUUUAAUAUAAGUCAAAAUAUUUCGCCAAAAACAUUAACCCACGAAUCACAUACCCAACUAUGUUUCAGUAAUGAUACUGAAACUCAAGAACACGAAAUAUUUCCUGUCAAUUUUGUAGAGCAUCAGGAUAAAACAGAAACAACAAGUACUAUAUUAGACUGUCUCUUAGAUCUGGAUAACUAUUUGGAUGAACUGGAUAAUGAAAGUUUAGUCAAUUUUGAUAAUGAAAACUUUCAAGCAAAAAGUUCUGUGCUACAACGUUUGAAUAGUCGUAGAAGUACUCUGCCUCUAAAAUGGAAAAAAGAUUUAUAUGUGGAUGAAAAAAAUAAAGAAUCAAACUCUCGAUUUAGUCGUCUAAAUAAAUUGAGAAAGACGUUGAGUUGCAAUAUCGGUACUAAUGAGUCAGGUUACUCACUAUUUUCUAACAGUUCUGUAGCUGCCCACUCUGAUUUGGAAAUUUUUAUCGAUAAGUCGUCACAAUCAGACUGUAAUUCGCAUUCAUCAACAACAUUCAAUGAUAAUGAAAGCCAAAAAGUUAAAAAUAAUAUGUCAUAUUAUAAUAAUAGAGCUGAUCUUAAAGAUUUAAAAGUAAAUUUAACUGCAAAAAAUGACCUGAGACGUUGUUUCUCCCAAAACUGCUUACAAGACAAUACUCUGUAUAUAAAUCCAAAUGAAAUGCUUACGGAAGAUAAUAUAUUUCAAAACUUGUUAGCUCAACAAGAACGUAGUAGUACGUUUGAAAAUCGCCCUAGACAGAUAGGUAGACGUGGUGAAGGCCAACCAUGCAUUCUACCAAUGAGGUCAGACUCACUUGAUAAUAUUAAUAUGACCACAUAUAUCAGUUGUAAUCAACGACCGUUAAGUGCACCUACACCAUCUAACGUUUCAAACUUUUCUGAAAAUACACAAAUAUAUAAUGUCGAUAACGCUGGAGUCUUUGUUGGAUCUGACGAGAGUUCUCUUCCAUCAACAUCACAUAACGAAAGUCAUGUUUCUCUCGCUUCAAGUUCUGAUUGUAGUUUUAUAGAAGUAUCUGCAAAUCCUGACAUAGUCGGUAAUCUUGCUAUAAAUGAAAGUAUAGGAAGUGGUACUGCAGAAACUCAAACUGAAAAUCAUUCGACCUUGCCCGGAGAUUGUAAUAACGAAUGGCCGCAUGGAGUUAGUAGAGCCUUAGCUCUAACAUCUUGUACAUUAGGAUUAUUCAACAUUUGUCGAUUUGCUGGUCUCACAAUUAACUAUGGAGGAAAUUUUUUAAUUCAAUUUUUUCUUCUUUCAAUAAUAUUUGGAAUCCCUUUAUUAUGGCUUCAAAUGUGUUUAGGAUCUAAAAUACGUUGCGGACCAAUUUCGAUGUGGAAAAUAAGUCCAAUAUGCAAAGGAAUUGGUGUUACUGUAGUUUUAAUUCAAUGUGUAAUUGCUAUAUACUCAUCUGUGGUAAUAGCUUGGACUUUAGUUUAUGUUCGAGACUCAUUUCUGGGAAAUGAGAAUUCGUCGUAUCCUUGGGAGAAUGCAAUAAAUAUAAAUAGAAAUAAAUUAUCAGUGUCAAAUAAUCUCACUGAGUCCGUGGCUGAUUAUUUUAAUAUAAUAGUUUUAGGGCGCUUCAAACAUUUUCGGGAUUUGGACAGUACUGAUACAAAGUUUCACCUUAAUGAUCGCUUGGUUACUUUUCUAACUUUAUUGUGGAUCGCCGUAAUUUUAGUCCUUUGUAAAGGUUUUAAAUCUCUUGGAUAUGCAAUAUUUGGACUUAUUCUAGUGCCGUUUUUAGGUCUAAUAGUUUUAACUUGCAAAAUUAUAUUUUUAAUCAAUCCAUCAAAAAUUCAGAACAUAUUAUCUCUUAACGACCUUGACGAUUUCUUAGUCAAUUCGAAAGCGUGGACCGCAGCGGCGCAAGAAGUUUUUUUAACAUGGGGACUAUUUGGAGCAUCAGUCAUUGCUUUUUCGAGCAGAAAUAAUAAAAACAAUACCAAAACAUCACUCCGUACAGAUGCUAUAGUCACGGUGCUGUUAACUUUAUUAGGGCUUUCGAUUGCGGCACUGCUGGGACUAUGUACUAUCCAAGUUUUGAAUCAAUAUUCAUAUGUGUAUGUGCCAGGAUCAUUUGAGCAUCCAGAAAUUUAUACAGCUGUUUAUUCGAUUGAUGUUAAUUUAAAUACAAACGUUUUGUCUUAUCCUUCCAAAUGGAUUCCGCAUUGCUCUGGUUUUAUAGGAGAAGCAUAUCGCAAAAUUACAAUUGGACAACGUGAAAGUGGGUAUCAAGUACUACGUUUCAUAACGGAACUCUUUCCAGCCGUAGUAGCAUUGAAAAAAGCAACAAUGUUUUGGUUUUGGAGUUUUGCUGCUUUCACAACGUUCUUUCUGUUUGGACUUGUGCAAUUAUGUGCUGUAUGGAAACCUAUAUCAUUAGCCUUAGGAAAUACAACCACUUCUGUUAUAUUGAGUUGCAUAGUGGGUUUAUUACUUACUUUACCAUUUACAAGUGAAUUUGGUAUUCAUGCUCUUUAUUAUUUUGAUUUACUGUUGGGAGGCUCUUGGAUUUUGCCAAUCUUAUGGGCUAUCGAAAUUUUUGGUGUGUUUUUAAUAAGAGGACGACCAUAUAACGGAGAUGAUCUUGUAAAUGAUUUAAAAAUGUCACAGUCAGUUUCUGCAUUCUUAGCUUUAUCGUGGAACGUAUUGCUACCAAUCGGCCUAAUCGCACUAUCAGUUAUUGAUUACAAAGUAUCAAUGUCGAAUGAGUUUUACUAUUGGCGGGGCAAAUCAUAUUUCAGUUUUUGGGUAAGGAAAGUUGGGAGUCUAGUACAAGUAGGACUUUUACUUUUAACGCCAUUAAUUGCUAUUUGUCAAAUAUGCAGAUACUUAACUAAAGGUCCACCAGAUAUUCUUGAUAGAAUUCAGUUAUUAUAUCGUCCAGAUGAAAAUCUUACGCAUAGAAGAUUUGUGAGCAGCAAUAGCGGUCAUGUUGAAAAUGGAUGUUAUAAUACAAGAACUAAUGUUGACUUAUCAGUUAACCGUAUACAGGAUGAUGCACCCCCAAAAUAUACACCACCACCCUCUUAUACUACCGCAACAGGUGCUCGGUUGGCAAAGUAUUUACGUCGAAGUAUAAGACGUAGCGUACGACGGUAA